CUCCCUCCAGCUCGACCUCGCCGCUCAUGGGCUUUUCUCAGCCCUACAGCUCGAACAGACAACACACAAUUCCCAGGCACGCGACGCCAUAGUCACUAUCAAUCCACCUUGCACAGUGUUCAGAUUCCACAUUGUUUGUCCCUACGAGUAUUGUACCCAAGCAGAUCGAUUUGCGCCUCGGCCCUCGUUCCACCUACCGCCACCUGGGGUCCUUGCUCCCUUCCCCCUCCCACAACCUCAACCUCGCCCCUCGUUGCCUCCAGUUUCCCCAGCUUCCACUCCCUUAGGACCUUUAACGAUUCACCGCUGACUACUGACGCAUACCGUUCAUCAUGGAGAGCAACAACCAGGACUUCGACCAGUCCAAGUACCUCGACACGGCCAUCCGUGCGGUCAGGGAGAAGAAGCCCCUGCCUGAAAUUGACUUUACCCUCCAUACUAUGGAAGAUGGCACCCAGGUCAGCACUCUGGAGCGGGUUUGCAAAGAUGUCCAAGCGCCUGCCUUUCUACCCCCUACCCAAGAACAGUUCUUUUCGCCGCAAGACCGGAACAAACCAAAUCUACAAUUCCUUAAGCAGCAUUUCUAUCGUGAAGGUCGUUUGACCGAAGACCAAGCGCUAUGGAUUUUGCGCAAGGGAUCCGAAAUCCUAAAGUCGGAACCCAACUUGCUUGAGAUGGACGCUCCAAUCACUGUUUGUGGUGACGUACAUGGCCAAUACUACGACCUUAUGAAGUUGUUCGAAGUGGGCGGAGAUCCUGCAGAGACGAGGUACCUUUUCUUGGGAGACUACGUCGACCGUGGUUAUUUCAGUAUUGAGUGUGUCUUAUAUCUCUGGUCAUUGAAGAUUUGGUAUCCUAAUACCCUCUGGUUGCUGCGCGGCAAUCAUGAGUGUCGUCAUUUGACGGAUUAUUUCACAUUCAAGCUCGAGUGCAAGCACAAAUACUCGGAAGCUGUGUACGAGGCUUGCAUGGACUCUUUCUGCUCCUUGCCACUAGCAGCUGUCAUGAACAAGCAAUUCUUGUGCAUACACGGUGGAUUGAGCCCCGAGCUCCACACCCUGGAAGAUUUGAAGAGCAUUGACCGAUUCCGUGAACCGCCCACCCACGGCCUGAUGUGCGAUAUCCUCUGGGCUGAUCCGUUGGAAGAGUUUGGCCAGGAGAAGACGAAUGACUUCUUUAUCCAUAAUCACGUCCGUGGAUGCUCUUACUUCUUCUCGUACCCCGCGGCUUGCGCAUUCUUGGAAAAGAACAAUCUCUUAUCGAUCAUCCGCGCCCACGAAGCCCAAGAUGCUGGCUACCGCAUGUACCGCAAGACUCGAACGACUGGAUUUCCUAGUGUUAUGACGAUCUUCAGUGCACCGAAUUAUUUGGAUGUGUACAACAACAAGGCAGCAGUUCUCAAGUACGAGAACAAUGUUAUGAACAUUCGUCAAUUCAAUUGCACGCCUCACCCAUACUGGCUACCGAACUUUAUGGACGUGUUUACGUGGUCACUUCCUUUCGUUGGAGAGAAGAUCACGGACAUGCUCAUCGCUAUCUUGAAUACCUGCUCCAAGGAAGAGCUGGAGGAGGAAACUCCCAGCAGUCUCGCAUCCGGCCCCUCAUCGCCUCCUCUCACGAGCCCCAAUAUGGACCCAGAGUCAACGGAGUUCAAGAGACGUGCUAUCAAGAACAAGAUUCUUGCUAUCGGAAGACUUUCUCGCGUAUUCCAAGUUCUACGCGAGGAGGCUGAGCGUGUGACUGAGUUGAAGACAGCAUCCGGAGGCAGACUACCUGCAGGUACCCUCAUGCUCGGCGCCGAAGGAAUCAAGCAAGCCAUCCAUACCUUCGAAGACGCACGAAAGGUUGAUAUCCAGAACGAAAGGUUACCACCUAGUCACGACGAAGUUAGGAAGUCUCAGGAAGCGAGCCGAGAGCAGGCUCUCGAAAAGGCAAGCAAAGAGGCUGAGAAUGACCAAGGUCUCGCACGCGUGGCCAGAAGAAUCAGCAUGUCUUCAGGAGUUGGCCGCAACCCCAACGCUAGAAGCUGAUAACAGCAAAUCUUCGAAACGACGGCUUAAAUUGACGAGACGAUGAUUUCUGUAUCUCUUUUGGCUGGACAGAUUACUGAAAGUAGUGUCCAAUCGGUCGAUCAAUCGACUCAUAUACUGGCAGGGACUUGGUCCUAGAAGGCGCAAGGUAAACCUGUGAUGAAACGGCAGUAAUUAGGCUGGUCCUAGUCUUCGGACUCGACUUGGCAUAUACGAAAUGAAUAUUCUCAAUUCUUAGGGUGAACGCCCCACAGACCUC